ACUGGUCCAAAAUCGAGAAUCCAAUGUUGAGAGCGAAGCGUCUCACUUUCUCUCUCUAGAUUUGUGUUUUUAUAUUUGGAUUAUACGCUAAGAAGAACCCAAAAUUCGGAAACCUGUUUUGAAGGUGUAGAACAGAGGAGAAACAGAGUACGAAAUUGUAAAUAUCUAUGGUCUAUAUAGAGAGAUUUUUAGAGAGAGAAAGAGAGAUUGUUUAAGCAGUUUAAAUGGCUGGAAAACAACUGGGGAACGCGAAGACCUAGGUGUUGGUUUUGGACCCUUCUCGAUUUUUAGAGCCCCUUUCUCACCCAACAGCUACGGUAUACCUAUUGCCACGAUACACUCUCUGCCUUUGUUUUCAGCUUGUACGCGCUUCCUAAUUCAUUUAUGGUAUUGAAAAUGCCCACACAUUCCUACUUCAUUUAUUAUAUUUCAAUUCAGGGAAAGUGUUGAGAUUUAAUAAAAGAGAGACUUCGCAGAGAAGCAGAAAAACACGUACUCGUAUAGCAUAUGCUAGUAGCAUAUACUACUGUUAGGCUUCUUUGUUUCUCGUGCUACGCCGUUCCUGUUUGUUGCUCGUGCACUGCUUUAUCUUGGAAACCCACAAAUCUCGAGGCCCCUAUUCACUUAUUUACCUUGGCCUUUGGGGUUUUGUGUGUGACUUUGGCGGUUGUGGUGAUUAAAUUAAUUCACAGUUCACACCAUCUCUACCUUUCCUUUAUCCGCCAUUCUUUCGCUAUACAAUGCCAACCCCUCAAAUUUUACUGGCUCAAUUCAGAGGACUUGAAAUAGUUUUGGUGUGCUGUAUAUGUUUAUCUAUGUACCAUUGACCUUAGAGGGUAAUGCAUAAGCCACAAUCAUAGGAGGGUCGGUGAUAUUGUUGAAUUACGCUGUUGCUUCACAUUGUUUCCAAGGUACAGUCUUUGAACCUCGAAGCUUUGGUUUCUGUUUUAUUCAUUUGAUUAUUCUACAACUCCCGGUUGUGCUGGGAUAUCAAUUGUAGAUUUAGCAUGUGUGGACGACAUCUGUGAUUGCUGGUCCUGUGGGAUUAGUAAUUGGUACCUCUUACCGGGACAUGUUGAUUUAAAUAUUUAUUUCUUAGUGGAAUUACAUACUGUGGGUUCAAUUCAAUGUUUGUCUUGCAUAGUUAGUGAUAUGCGGUCCGUGAUUCGGGCCCUUGGUGAGUAUUUAAUGGUUGUCUAGUUAUUAUAAUUGCCUGGAGGAAGUGAUAAAGGAGUGGGGUUUGAUGUGGAAGUUUAGUAUUGAAACUACUAAGACAUGCUGAACUUUGAUGAGGAAGAAGAGGUCUUCUUUGACACUGCGGAAUACAUUUUGUCUGAGGAGCCCAUUGUUGCCAAAGAAGAUUUGGUGUGUAGCAGUUUGGGGUAUGAGAUUUGGAUGAGUGAGCUACGGAGUGUUAAGGAAAGACGGGAAAAAUUGCUAAGUGAAGUGGGGUUGGUUGAAUUCACCCCUUCGUAUGGUGUUGUCCUUGCUGAGAAACCAGAGAUGAUGGGAUUGGAAAGAAUUGUAGAAUGCAGUGGAGCUGUCUCUAGUUCUUGUGGUUCAUCUGUAAAUUGUGCAGCAGAAGAGUUGGUAUGUAAUAGCAAUAAAUUAAAUGGUGAAGCCAACUGUAUGAUUGAUGAAUUCGAUCAAGAUCAGUUUGACAAAUUGAACGUGGCCCUUAAGCCGGAAGGAGUGCCCGGUUACAUUUUCCCUUCUGUUCAACAAUUUGGACAGAGGGAGGCUCAGGGUCAUGCUGAAGAAUGUAAGAGUAUUGAUAUAGAUAAAAAGAAAUUCUGGAGUUGGUGGAAAAGUUUCACAAGCAAGAGAAGGGGAGAUAAAGGUAUGGAUGUAUCUAAGGUAUCCAAGGAGAUUUCUGAAUCACUAAAGGUAAAUAGAAUGAAAGUGCGUCAGAACCAGAAAAAAUGUAUGGAGUUCACUGCUGUCUAUGUUGGGCAAGAAAUACAUGCUCAUGAAGGCUCCAUUCGGGUGAUGAAGUUUAGUCCUGAUGGCCAGUUUCUCGCAAGUGGUGGUGAAGAUGGGGUUGUUCGAAUUUGGCGUGUUACAUUGACAGAUGCCUCUCACAAGAAUAUAUGUGCUGAAGGCAAUUUCAGUAGCCAAGGGAAAGAAGGCAAGUCCAGUUCUGGAAGAAAAAAGUCAUGUCACGCCUCUAUUGUUAUUCCUGAUAAGGGUUUUUGGAUAGAAGAGUCGCCACUGCAAGAGUUUCAGGGCCAUACCAGUAAUAUCUUGGACUUGGCUUGGUCCAAAUCCAAUCGUCUUCUUUCAUCAUCAGAGGAUAAAACUGCUCGUCUAUGGCAAGUGGGCUGUGAUGAAUGUCUUAGUGUUUUCCAUCACAAUAAUUAUGUGACAUGCAUUCAGUUCAAUCCUGUUGAUGAAAAUUAUUUCAUUAGUGGAUCCAUAGAUGGAAAAGUUCGAAUUUGGGGAGUGUCUGAGAGGCGCGUUGUUGAUUGGGCUGAUAUCAGAGAUAUUGUGACUGCUAUAUGUUACCGACCAAAUGGAGAAGGGUUUGUAGUCGGUUCCAUUAUUGGCAACUGCCGCUUCUAUGAAACAUCAGGUAGCAAUCUUCAGUUAAAUGCACAGAUACAUAUCCAGGGUAGAAGAAAAUCCUCCGGCAACAAAAUUACUGGCAUUCAGUUUUCACCGGAAGAAUCUCAGAGAGUUAUGAUAACAUCAGAGGAUUCCAAACUUCGUAUACUUGACGGGAUUGAUGUUGUCCAUAAAUACAAAGGGUUUACAAAGUCGAGAAGUCAGAUGUCGGCUUCAUUUACUUCAACUGGAAGGCACCUAAUAUCGGUUGGGGAGGAUUCUCGUGUUUACAUCUGGAACUAUGACGACUUGUGUGUUUCUUCAUCGAAACAAACAAAAUCUGUACGUUCCUGCGAGCACUUCUUCUUUGACGGUGUAUCAGUUGCAAUUCCUUGGUCCGGAAUGGGAACGGAACAAAAUGAUCUAGAUUGCAGUAGCCUCCAGUGUUGCUCACCAAGACAUGAACAAGAAGAGGCUUCUUCCUGGAUCAGGGAUUCAAAACGUUUUUCGUUAGCUAAUUGGUUAUCCAUGGAUGGCUCAUGUAGGAGCUCUGCAACGUGGCCGGAGGAGAAACUUCCUCUGUGGGAUGUAACAGUUGCAGAGCAUGAUUAUAGAUCUCGUGACAGUGAUGACCAUCAUCAGCAUCAGAAUAACAGCCCCAAUCGCGCAGUUUUAUCAGCAACGUGGGGUCUUGUCAUUGUAACAGCAGGUUGGGAUGGAAUGAUCAGGACAUUCCAGAAUUAUGGGUUGCCUGUCAGGAUUUAACAGUUCACAUACAUCACUCCAUAGUUGCACAAAUUCAGAGAUAAUGUUCACACAAUCCAGGUCCAUACUGUGUUUCUACAAUUGGGACCCGGAAAUGGAUAAUGUGAAGCUGGAUGAAGAUGUGCUGGUGUUCAUAUUGUGUAGUCGUUGAUAUUUUAGCUAUAUCUUUUUGUUUCUCUUUUGUACGUGACGAUUUUUUUCCAGUUUUGUUUUUUCUUUUUUGUGAAAUACCAAAUUCAGUUGAUAGCAUAAGAAUAGAAAAAAAAUAAUAAUAAUAAAAAAAACAAAAAAAAAAUUGACGACUUUGCCUUGAAAUUUUGUCCACUGUCCUGUAUUAAUGUACUGCUUUUAGAGAUUGUGUUUAAUUCAUUCCUAUUGCAGUGCUUUAUUUAGUACGGAGUAUUCUGCUUUGUUCGUCUGCUGCUUUAAUUUGGUGAUAAUUUU